ACUCCACUGUUGUCUGCCUCCGCGAGGGCAUUGGGACCCCAAAGAGCUCGCAGAUAUGAAUUGGGUCACAUGGGCAUCCGUCCCAAUUCUCAUCUUCGGCCUAUGGAUCUACACAGCACAACUCAGCCAGUCCUUUCCCACGCUGAAGGGAAAGCGGAUAUGCCUCUUAAUCGCCCACCCGGACGACGAAGCUAUGUUCUUCGCGCCUACACUGCUUGCGCUGGCGAAGCCGGAAUUGGGAAAUCACAUCAAGAUACUGUGUCUGAGCAGUGGCAACGCAGACGGCCUCGGCUCAAUCCGCAAGAAAGAGCUCAUAAAAAGCGGUCUCCAGCUCGGAUUACGAGGAGAAGACGACAUCCUCAUAAUCGACGACCCAAACUUCCCCGACUCGAUGACCACAACCUGGCACCCGCGCCUCAUCGCCGACCUCCUCACGCAAAUGUUCGCCCCCGGCAUGUCCCGCACCCCCUCCACCUCCCCCCCGGUCUCCACCAUCGACGUCCUCCUCACCUUCGACCGCUCCGGCAUCUCCGCCCACCCCAACCACAUCUCCCUGCACGCGGGCGCACACACCUUCCUGCGCGCGCUCAUGCACCGGCACGCCGGGUGGACAUGUCCCAUAAAGCUCUACACGCUCACCUCCGUGUCCAUCCUUCGGAAAUACCUCAGCGUGCUCGACACCCCCGCCACGAUAAUCCUAUCGAUGAUGACGGGUGCGCAGAAGCGGGAAGUGGGGGAGUACCCGACGCCCUUAUUGUAUGUGAGCGGCCCGGGGGGGUAUCGGACGGCGCAGGGCGCCAUGACGCGCGCGCACGCGAGCCAGAUGCGGUGGUUCCGGUGGGGGUGGAUUGGGGUGGGGCGGUAUAUGGUUGUGAAUGAUUUGGUGCGGGAGAAGACUAUAUGAAUGUGUAGAUCCCCAAGCUCGUUGGUGGGGUAGAGACCGGGAUAUCGUGGAUGGAGGGAGCUGCUCGAG